CAGGAAGUCAAGUUGUUACGCUCAGUGCGCUAAUGAGUAACUUUCUCCGGUGUCAAUGGGGCAGCUUCUCGGACGCGUUACGUGUCCACUUCUCUUCUUACAUCCGUCACGUGGUCCUGACCGAGGCGUCUCUCCGCUGCAGGCGGCUUUCCGGGCCGCUCUGUCCGGUCCCGGUCGUGUCGCCGUCGCGCCGUUGACUCGCUCCCGCCUCUCACUCUUCUAACCACACAGCUGUCAUGGCGGCCUCCACCAGGCUCACGUCAAGGUUGGCGCUGGUCACUGGCGGAGGCAGUGGGAUCGGCCGGGCGGUGUGUCAGCGCCUCGCCUCAGAGGGCGCCUCCGUGGUGGUCGCCGACAUCAGCCACGAGUCGGCCACGGAGACCGUCGGGAGGCUGCCGAGGGACCUCCGGGGACAGGGUCACAUGGCGGCGGCGGUGGAUGUGUCGUCGAAAGAGAGCGUGAAGAAGCUGCUCACGGGUGUACAGACUCGGUACUUCCAGCCUCCCUCGGUGUGUGUGAACGCGGCGGGCGUCACCCAGGACGACUUCCUGCUCAACAUGGAGGAGGAGCACUUUGACAAAGUCCUCCUGGUCAACCUGAAGGGUUCUUUCUUGGUCCUUCAGGCUGUGGCUCAGGCUCUGGUGGCCUGUGGAGCACCCAAAGGGUCCAUCGUCACCGUGGGCAGCAUCGUGGGAAAGGUGGGGAACAUCGGACAGGCGAAUUACUCGGCCUCUAAAGCCGGCGUGGAGGGAUUAACCAGGACGGCUGCCAAAGAGCUCAGCAGGUUUGGGAUUCGCUGUAAUUGUGUGCUGCCGGGUUUCAUAUCGACUCCGAUGACGGAUAAAGUUCCCGAGAGGGUUAUUAGCAAGAUGGAGCUCUUGGUGCCUCUGGGCAGAAUGGGGGAGCCGGCAGAGGUGGCGGACGUCUGUGCCUUUCUGGCCUCCGAUGACGCUGCAUACAUCACAGGAGCCAGCGUGGAAGUGACUGGGGGACUUUUCAUGGGAUGAGUCGUCCAUCCGUCCCGCUGAUGAAGACCUUUGAGGUCCACUGCACUCCUGAAAUGAUUGUGCUUCUUUUGCUCUUUGUGAUCAGUUGAUUGUGUUUCAUAAAUGUGGGAAGGCUCAGCGUCCAGCUACCUUCCUGCCAAUAAACAGAGUGGAAUACUUUGUCAGCUCAGUAGAGCUUCCACAACACA